AUGUCUGCCUCCCCCUCCCCCGCUUCCUCCUUCUCGGAGCGUGCGGAGUCGUUCGUCGACGCCGUGCUAGGCACGGCCGACGACGGCUCCGCCGCUGCCGCUGCUCCUGCCCGCGCCCCCGCGACCGCGCCCACCGCCGCCGCCUCUGCCUCUGCUGCGCUGGCCGCCCUCACGUCGCCCUUCCGGGUGACGACGCCGUCCCCGCCGCCGGCCGUGACGCCCGGCCCCUCCGCCCCCGCCUCCGCUACUGCCACCCCCUGUAGGCCGGAGCCGCCCGCUGCCGCCGACUGGCUCGCGGGCCUAGAGGGCCGCCUGAGCGCCCUGGAGAGCGCCGCCGCCGCCAAUAAGGUGGAGGAGGACGACGAGGAUGAGGAUGAGGACGACGAUAAGGACGAGGAGUAG